AUAAAAAUAAUCUGUUGAAUAUUUUGCAAAUAUUUUCUGAUUUAUUUUCUUUUUUAAAUUUUAUCUAUAGUGGUAUCCACUACAUAGAAGUCUGAUAUUUUUAUAUUGUCAAGUUUGUUAGUAUUUUUGUUUAUGAUUGUGUGUGUGUGUGUGUUCAUGUUUAGGAAAGCUUUUAUCACUCAAGAUUGGAUAGAUAGAUAAAUAGACACACUGCCUAAUUUCAUAGAAAACUUAAAUAUUUCAAAAAAUUAAACCAUUAAUGCAUUUUGGAUUAAUUAUUGUUUAUACUUACAUUAUUUGUAUGUAUAAAUAUACAUACAUAUACCUGUAUAAUAAUGUUCUAAAGUGAUAAGCUAUUGUUCCAUAUCUUUUGUAAAGUAAUAUACUUAUUUAAGAUGACAUAUUUGUCAAGUUAAGAUUUUGUACAUACUAGGAUCUGCCUCAGUUCUAUAAUAUAUUUAUCAGUCAAAUGUUUUAUACCUGCUUGGUAUACACUAUAUUAAUAAGGGAGGGAAAUUUACUACAUAUUUUAUAUUUGGAGGAUAUGUUUUGUCUACUCCCUCAUUUUACUUUUCCACACCUCAUUUACUAUCAUAAAAUUACUUAUCUAGACAAAAUUUAGAAAAAGCUUAUUAAAUUCCCUUAUGAAAAUCCUCUGUGAGCUUGGUUGGAAUUUCGGCAGAUGAAAUGAAUAUCUUUAUAAAACUAUGUUAUGCUAGUCAUAAAAUCAGUGUGUCUAUUCAUUAAUUCAGGUAUUAUGUUUCACAGUUUUCUUUAAAUAGGUCUUGAAUGCUUCCUAAGUGUACAUUUUGUUAAGUUUAGCUGUUGUGAAGGAAUUUUUUUUACCAAAAUUUCAGUUUGCUUAUUUUGGUAUAUAACACAAGAAUGUUCAAUUACUCAUCUUGUACCAGACCUCAUUUCUUCGCAGUUAUUACAGGCUUGAAUUGGCUCUUUUUAAUUUUUUUAAGAUAUGCAAUCACAUUAUCUGCAAAUAACCUUUAUCACUUUUCUCAAUAUUUGUUCCUUUAAUUCCUUCUAUUGUCAUUUGGGCAAGACCUCCCAAAAAUGUUUUAAAAUAUCUGUUAAAAUAUGCCUGACUGUUAUUUUUGUGCCUAAGGAUAGCUCUGCCUUGGUGGUUUAGUUCUAAAAUCCUUAAAAUGGAGAAGAUCUGUGGGCUUGUCUUCAAGGAGGGGGUGUGGGGAAUAAGUGAAGAGAACUGGGCAAAAGCUUAACCUUCUAUACAACCAGUUUCUGAGUAAGAAACAAAAAGAAUUGCAGGAUACAGAAAGAGUGAGGAACUCUUAGGGGAACUAGCUUGAAAAUCUCUCUGAGUCUUUGUUUCAUCGUCUGUGUACUGGGGGUAGUAAUGACUGCCUCAUAAGGACUUAAGAGGAUUUAAAAUAAAAAGUCAAUGUAAAGAAACUAUUAAUAAUGACCGGCACCAUGAGAGUGCCCAACAUACGAUAAUUAAUAUUAUUAUGGCCAAAGGACCUUGGUGAAGAGAGGUAAAAGAGUGUGGCGGACAGAUUAGGGCACAUUUAAAGGAUGCUCCUGAGUGCAGAAUGACCAAUGAGGCAGCUAAUUUCACUGAUGUUCUCCAGCACCUUCUUCAGAUUGAAGAAAAAUUUAGUUAAAGGUCAGGAUCACAGACUACUACAUCGUCCCUUAAUUCCCCAUUCCUUGUUCAGAGUGCUAUAUUGUGAUUAUUUAGUAAAUAGAAUAAUGAAAAAAAAUCAGCCUUCAUGAAUGUUAUCAGACAGUUUUCAGAAUUAAAAUCUAACUUAAAAAUCUAAGUGACAUCCAUUUGUUUGUUUCCCAAACCUACAUAGAAGGAAGGCUGCACUGCGAGCAGCACUCCAGUCUUUUCAGGACUAUGCACAGUCCAGUCAAGGUGGGGUCACAUAGCAGAUUCAGGAGAGUUUCUGCCCCUCUGGAUCUACUAGAAUAUUCAGAAGGAGGGAAAACCGGAACUGGCUUUCAACUGUCAGAACUACUGAGCAAAGACAGAACUCUAUCUUCUGACAUAUGAAAGCUGUUAAGAGAGAGAAAUCGAUAACCCAGUUUUAUUAAUAAGACUUAAGUUAUUCAUUUCUUCUUUGUAACUAACCAAUAUGUGUUUCUUUUCUUGGUGCUAACCUAUGAACAGUAAUACAUAUUUAUGGGAGAAGAAAACCAAACCUAUGUCACUGAAUUUGUCUUCCUGGGCCUUUCACAGGAUCCACAGACACAAGUUUUGCUCUUCUUCCUUUUUCUGAUCAUCUACAUGCUGACUGUGUUGGGAAAUCUGCUUAUCAUUGUGCUCAUUCACACAGACUCCAGGCUCCACACACCCAUGUACUGUUUCCUCAGAAACUUAUCCUUUGCUGAUCUCUGUUUUUCUACUACCACUGUCCCCCAGGUGCUGGCCCACCUUCUGGUAAAGAGGAAAACCAUUUCCUUUGCUGGAUGCUCAAUACAGAUAGUUGUUUUACUUCUGGUGGGGUGUACAGAGUGUGCACUGCUGGCAGUGAUGUCCUAUGACAGGUAUGUGGCUGUCUGCAAGCCCCUGCACUACUCCACUAUCAUGACACAUUGGGUAUGUGUCCAGCUGGCCAUCGGGUCUUGGGCCAUUGGAGCACUUGGGUCUCUGGUGGACACAAUAUUCACAUUGAGUCUGCCCUACCGAGGGAACAAUGUUAUUAACCAUUUUUUUUGUGAACCUCCUGCCCUCCUGAAGCUGGCUUCAGCAGAUACCUACAGCACAGAAAUGGUCAUCUUUGUAAUGGGUGUGGUCAUCCUCCUAGCUCCUGUCUCCCUGAUCCUUGUCUCCUACUGGAAUAUUAUCUCCACUGUGAUCCAGAUGCAGUCUGGGGAGGGCAGCCUCAAGGUCUUCUCUACCUGUGGCUCCCAUCUCAUUGUCGUUGUCCUCUUCUAUGGCUCAGCAAUAUUUGCCUACAUGAGGCCAAACUCCAAGAUAAUGAAUGAAAGGGAUAAAAUGAUCUCUGUGUUCUACUCAGCAGUGACACCCAUGCUGAACCCCAUCAUUUAUAGUUUGAGGAACAAGGAUGUCAAAGAUGCUCUCAGGAGAGUGACUGCAAAGUAACCUUUUUGAAAGUGAGGGUCUCUGGUUAUGAUGGAAAUUUCAGGGAUGUGGAGAGAAGCAAUUUUCUUGUAAACUUUUCCCAUUUUCAUCCCAUUCCUCCACUUUUUUUCUUCUCUUAUUUUUCCAUAUCUCUUCUCAGAUAAAUUAAUCAAAUUUCCUAUUCAAAGCAAAGCAACUUGAUAGAUACAAAGUAUCUAAGGAAAUAAAUACAAAAAGAAAAGGAAAGGGGGAAAAAAGAAAGGAAAGAAGGAAGAGAGGAAGGGAGGAAUGAAAGAUAGAAGGAAGGGAAUGAAAGGUAGACAAGUGCACAGUCUCUACUCUCUAAGCCCAUACAAGCUAAUAAGGAAAUUAAACCAAGUAGAUGUAUAAGUUAAAAAAAAAAACAAAGAAGCAAAUAAACAAA